AUGCGGCCCCUCGCCUGCGCGCCAGGGAAGGAUGAAGCUGCUGGAGGGACGGCGCUGGAGGGGCCUGGCCAGAGCUGCUGGCCCUGCGCCCUCCGUGCUUAUGCCAUGCUCCUGUCCCUCAUCUUCCUCAUCGUCCUGGUGGCCGCUGUUGUGGGGUUCGUCUUCAGGCACGAGAUUAAGACAAACUUCGAGAGCAACCUCGACCUGGCCUUGAGGGACUACAACGUGACCGCGGAUCGGCACAGCGAGGCCGUCGACACCAUCCAGAGAACCCUGCACUGCUGCGGGGUGCAGAACUACUCAGACUGGGAGCGGACUGAAUACUUCACCCAGCGGGGCAUCCCCCGGAGCUGCUGCAAGAGCCAGGACGACUGCUCAGAGGAGGAUCUGAAAGACGUGAACAAAGCCAAGCUGAAGGUGUUUGUGGAUGGUUGUUUCUUCCUGGUAACGUCAACGAUGGAGUCAAAAAUGAGUGUUGUGGCCGGAAUCUCCUUUGGCGUCGCGUGCUUCCAGCUGGUUGGCAUCAUUCUCGCCUGCUGCCUGUCCCAGUACAUCACGAACAAUCAGUACGAGAUGGUGUAGCUGGCCCCCGGCGCGCUGUGGCUGUGGCUGGGGUAUGCUCGCCGCCGCCGGGGAGGAUGCCACCACCUCCAGUUUUCCUCUGGAUGCCACUUUGUGAAAUCUUGCUUUGAACUGACUGAU